AUGACUAUUGCUGCAUAUGCGUAUGAAGCUGACAGAGCUAAAAGUUUAUAUUUUGGUCAAUACUCUCUCACACUUACUGACAAAUAUAUUGUUAUCACUGAUGGAAAUACCGAGAAAUACAUAACAUGGAAGGACUAUGAAAAGUUUGACCCUAUUUUAACUCCAUGUACAAUGCCAUUCAUUGUAAAUGGUGAAGUUGUCAUGAAGAACGACACAACAGUAUAUAAGUCUGUAUAUGAAGCGUUAGAAUAUAUGUUGAAUUAUAAUCCCGAAAGAUUUGACCCAAGCACUACACCAUGUGCAAUGCCUUUUAUUAAGGACGGUGAAAUCGUAAGAGUUCCGGAUUCAACGGUUUACACAGCUGUUCAAAACAGUUUACAAAACAUUUUAGCGAAUAUCUUUAAUUCAGAAACUACAGAAAUAAAAUUACCAUAUAUAACAGAUGCUAAAGAAAUUAAAUCAAAAACGACAACAUUAUUUACGUCACUUAAUGAUUUAAUGACUUAUAUCAUUAAUAUUCCUGCACCAACUACAGCAUUUGAUCCAAACUCGACGGUUUGCAGUGUACCUUUCAUAAAGUCGCAAACGGACUCUUUGAGUCCUGAAGGUCUUUCAGACCGAAGCGACCAGGGCGAAGCCCAUGACAGUUCAUUAAUUGUUUUAAGGGAUUCAACAGUUAAUGAAUCAUUAAAGGCGUCAUUAAUGAAAAUCAUUGAUUUUAACUCAUUCACGAAUACAUAUAAUUCAUUCAUUAAUGUUUCAUAUGCUUCUAAAGAAGGUGAGCCAAAAACUAUCGAUAAAGCGGUGUAUGAAAUAAAAGCAUCAACGACGAAAUUGAAUUCGUUAACUUUUGACGGUGAUAGUUUCGUUAAUGACAUAACAUCGGGGAAAACAAUUUUAACGAAAGAAUAUUUAAAAUCUCAUGUUAGUGAGUUCGUUGAAAUUGAAAAAGAAGGCGGAAUUAAGUUCGAUCCACUGAAUUUCAUUUUCAGCUUAGCGAAUGCGGGUGUUAGUUUCGCUGAAUGGACAACUAUACAGAGUGAAAUAAAUGCAAUAUGGACGUUUUUGGGGUCAAAAGCGGGAAUGGGUGAGCUUGUAAAUGCUGCAAGAACAUUAGGUGAAACAGGAAAUUUUGUAGAUGGUUUUAAAAGACUUGUUUCAAAUGUUUUAACAAACACAAAGAAAUUAUUUAGAUAUACCAUACAUAACGGACGGAUUUUCGAACAGGUAGCAACAAACCCUCCGGUUAUGGCUGCGUUGAUGAUGGUUAGAGAUAUAAAACCACGUAACGACGGGAACGAAGAACAUGAACAACAGAGCCCAACGGGCUCAGAGCCACAUAGUGGCGAGGAUACUGGUCGGGUUAUUCAAGACAUUAAAAACGUGUAUCCUGAAGUUAUUGAUUUAUUUAGAGGAGUUAAUGAUUCAAUUUCAAAACAUUCUAUAACCCUCGAUGAAGAGAAUAAAUUAACAGAUUAUAUAUUCGUCAUUAUUGCAGAACUAAUGAAGAGAAUAAAUGAAAAAGGAAUUGGUGAUAUCAUUAAUGUCAGCGAUGUAAUGAUGAAAAGAAAUUUUGACUCAUUAUUUACAAAACCGAAAACAGAAUAUAGUCUUUAUGACGUAAUUACCGAAUUAAUGAAAAAGAUUAAUGAUAAUAAGAGUUCUGGCGGAAGAGUUGAAUUAGAAGUGAAUGAUGUUAAUGAGAAAUUAGCCGAAAAAGCAGACAAGAACCAUGUUCAUUAUAUAACUUCAGACGAACAGAUUAUAACGGACUACCAUGGAUAUUUAACACGAAGUGAUGAAGCGAAGACAAAAAAUGUUAAUGAAAGAAGAUAUAAAUACAUUCGUGCUAAAGGUUAUGACAUAAGCUGUACUGUACAGUAUGAUGUAGCUAAAGCACCAGAAGCAUUUGGUUAUAACGCUGAAAUUUAUGCCUCUACUUUCAAUGUUAACGGUGUAUUAGUUGAACCAAGAUUUACUUUGAGAGUUAAGUCAAAAAUAACGUUUGAAGAUGCUAUUAAAAGUAAAGCUGACAAAGUUGAACUCGAAGCAAUGAACAAAGUUUUGAAAUCUCAUAAACACAACAUCUCCGAUAUAAAUGAACUUCAAGCUACAUUAGACAGUAAAGCUGACAAAAAUCAUACACAUAACUCCUUCUCAACUGUUAGAGCAGACGACAUAAUAUUGAACUUUGACCUUGGUUCAAGUGCACCUUUAGAGAAUCCGAGUACAAGCGUAAAAGAUACUCUUAACAAUUUAGAUAAGAGUUGCAGGAAUAUCGAAGGUCAUGCCAGAAACUUUGAAACACAUGAACUACCAGCAAUGUUAGAUAAAAAAGCAGACAAGAACCAUACACAUACAAGUUUUACAACUGUUGCUAUAGAAAGUAUUGAAGGAACGGUUGAAGAAACUGGUGGGGAUGCAUUAUAUUGUAAACCUCCUAACUUUCCACAAGGUUUAACAUCGGAUGACGACAUAACGACGAUGAAAAACAUUAGAUGUAAAGAUGUUUAUGUCAUGGAGGAUGAAAAUAAUGUUAAAUUCACUGCUCAAGAUUUAUAUGAUAAGAAAGCUGACAAGAACCAUACACAUAAAUCCUUCACUACUGUUAGAGCAGACGACAUAAUAUUGAACUUUGACCUUGGUUCAAGUGCACCUUUAGAAAAUCCAAGUACAAGCGUAAAAGAUACUCUUAACAGUUUAGAUAAGAGUUGCAGGAAUAUCGAAGGUCAUGCCAGAAACUUUGAAACACAUGAACUACCAGCAAUGUUAGAUAAGAAAGCAGAUAAAACUUAUGUGGAUGCAGAACUAACAAAGAAAUUUUCGAAACCAGAUACAAUGACAUUUACAACAGAAAUUAUAAAUGGUGAACCAGCAACUCCAUUUGAAUUUGUUAGAGGUCUUCAACCGGAUACUUUUGAAUUUUUCUUGGAUAAUUCUAUUGAACUAACAUUACAUUAUAAAAGUGGAACAAAUGCAACAUUUCAUCCGGGAGAUACAUUCCAAAUGGUAUUUAAUGACAUAAGUUCUUUAGAAUAUGUUUAUAGAGUUAUGAGCAUAUAUGAUUUAAUAUAUCCUAUAGGAGCUGUUUAUACGUCUAUGAAUCCAAUAAAUCCAAACACUUUAUUUGGUGGUAGAUGGUAUGAAAUAGUUGACAGUUUUCCAUUCUACACUAAUACGCAGUCAAUGAAGAUGGGAGGUUCAAAGAAAAUAGGUAUUGAAAACCUUCCUUCACAUAUGCAUAGGUUCAGUGGAAGAACAUCUGUGGAAGGAAACCAUUCACAUUCAAUAACAAAAAGAGGUUAUACAAAUCUUGCAGCGGGUUCGAAUAGACAGGGAAUGAAUAGAUAUGAUAUCUCAGAUGACCCCAAAGAUGUUAGCACAGGUAUUUUCUGUGGAACUGCAGGAAAUCAUACACAUGUUGUAGCUGGUAUUACAGACCCAGCAGGUAAUGGAAAAGAUUAUAUGCCUCCUUAUAUAACAAUGCACGCUUGGAUACGAGUUGGUUAA